AUUGUUUUUUCUUUUAGGAAGAACUGGGGUAAAAAUUCAGAUGUUCUGGAACACCUACGUUCUUUAGCUACACAGAGCAUCCAACAAAGAAACCAUUGUGCUAAAAUUUCAGCCAGUUGUUUGCCCAACAAGUCCCACAAUGCAGCAGGGAUGGGUGAUGAUUUAGAAAAAAUCUCAAAAUCUUUGGAAGAAGCCAUGCCCGACACAGAGAAGAACUGGGGUAAAAAUUCAGAUGUUCUGGAACACCUACGUUCUUUAGCUACACAGAGGGAUUUUGCUUCAGGAGACCUUCCGGAAUUUGGACAGAGCUAUGGGUGCCCACAGACAGACAAUAUAAGGCAUAUGGACAAUAAUGUUGAUGAAACAUUUUAUAACAGAGAGAUUCUUCCUCUACAAGGCUUUACUGGCACUGUGCCCAGUUAUGUGUCCGUACAAAGUGAUUUUUCAAAGGAUAUGGGAAUUGAUUUUAAGGAAAGACAGCAUUUUGCCACGGAGAGGACCCAUCAUAUGCAGAAUUUGAAUGGGUCUGUAGUCAGCUGCCUGUCCUUACAGAGUGAUUUUUCAAAGGAUAUGGGAAUUGAUUUUAAGGAAAGACAGCAUCGUGUCAGGAAGAGGAUUUCUUCUUACAACAAUCCAAAAGACAUGAAUAUUAAUACUAAGAACAGACGACGUCCUGCCAGGAAGAGAGUGAACCAGGAGAGCUCAGAGGUUCCCACUGGUCAGUCUGCCCAGCAGCAUCAAGCACAACUGAACUCAAUAUUUAUGCUGCUGGAGGAAAACAUCAUCACUUUUGUGAAGAAGGAGCUGAAGAAGAUCCAGAAGGUUCUGAGUCCAGUUUACCCAGAAUGCUUAGAGAGUCGGAGGGAGGAAGAUGAUGAGGUGUUGGAGGGCAAAGAUGAAGAGCAAAGGAGCAGCAGAGAGGCAUUUAUAAAGAUCACACUAAACUUCCUGAGGAGAAUGAAACAAGAGAAGCUGGCUGACUGUCUGGAGAACAAAACCGUUGCUGCAGCUUGUCAACAUAACCUUAAAUCUGCACUCAAGAAGAAGUUCCAGUGUGUUUUUGAGGGGAUCGCUAAAGCAGGAAAUCCAACCCUUCUGAAUCAGAUCUACACAGAGCUCUACAUCACGGAGGGAGAGACUACAGUGGUCAAUGAUGAACAUGAGGUCAGACAGAUCGAAAGAGCAUCCAGGAAACCAGACAGACCAGAAACAACAAUCAGACAAGAAGACAUCUUUGAAACCGCACCUGGAAGAGAUGAACCAAUCAGAACAGUGCUGACAAAGGGAGUGGCUGGCAUUGGAAAAACAGUCUUAACACAGAAAUACACCUUGGACUGGGCUGAAGACAAAGCCAACCAGAACAUCCAGUUCAUAUUGCCAUUCACCUUCAGAGAACUGAAUGUGCUGAAAGAGGAAAAGUUCAGCUUGGUGGAACUUGUUCAUCACUUCUUUACUGAAACCAAAGAAGCAGGAAUCUGCAGCUUUGAAGACUUCCAGGUUGUUUUCAUCUUUGAUGGUCUGGAUGAGUGUCGACUUCCUCUGGACUUCCACAAAACUAAGAUCCUGACUGACCCUAGAAAGUCCACAUCAGUGGACGUGCUGCUGACAAACCUCAUUAGGGGGAAUCUGCUUCCCUCUGCUCACCUCUGGAUAACCACACGACCUGCAGCAGCCAAUCAGAUUCCUCCUGCAUGCUUUGACAUGGUGACAGAGGUCAGAGGUUUCACUGACCCACAGAAGGAGGAGUACUUCAGGAAGAGAUUCAGAGAUGAGGAGCUGGCCAGCAGGAUCAUCUCACACAUCAAGAAUGCUCGAAGCCUCCACAUCAUGUGUCACAUCCCAGUCUUCUGCUGGAUCACUGCUACAGUUCUGGAGGAUGUGCUGAAAACCAGAGAGGGAGGACAGCUGCCCAAGACCCUGACUGAGAUGUACAUCCACUUCCUGGUGGUUCAGGCCAAAGUGAAGAAGGUCAAGUAUGAUGGAGGAGCUGAGACAGAUCCACACUGGAGUCCAGAGAGCAGGAAGAUGAUUGAGUCUCUGGGGAAACUGGCUUUUGAUCAGCUGCAGAAAGGAAACCUGAUCUUCUAUGAAUCAGACCUGACAGAGUGUGGCAUCGAUAUCAGAGCAGCCUCAGUGUACUCAGGAGUGUUCACACAGAUCUUUAAAGAGGAGAGAGGACUGUACCAGGACAAGGUGUACUGCUUCAUCCAUCUGAGUAUUCAGGAGUUUCUGGCUGCUCUUCAUGUCCAUCUGACCUUCAUCAACUCUGGACUCAAUCUGCUGGAAGAGCAAACAACCUCCCAGAAGUCAAAAACAGGACAAUCUACAUUUAAACAGUUCCACCAGAGUGCUGUGAACAAUGCUUUACAGAGUCCAAAUGGACACCUAGACUUGUUCCUCCGUUUCCUCCUGGGUCUUUGUCUUCAGACCAAUCAGACCCUCCUACGAGGUCUGCUGACACAGACAGAAAGUAGCUCACAAAUUAAAAAGAAUACAGUCCAGUACAUCAAGGAGAAGCUCAGUGAGAAUCUGUCUGCAGAAAAAAGCAUCAAUCUGUUCCACUGUCUGAAUGAACUGAAUGAUCGUUCUCUAGUGGAGGAGAUCCAACAAUCCCUGAGUUCAGGAAGUCUCUCCACAGAUAAACUGUCUCCUGCUCAAUGGUCCGCUCUGGUCUUCAUCUUACUGUCAUCAGAAAAAGAUCUGGAUGUGUUUGACCUGAAGAAAUACUCUGCUUCAGAGGAGGCUCUUCUGAGGCUGCUGCCAGUGGUCAAAGCCUCCAACAUAGCUCUAUUGAGUGGCUGCAACCUCUCAGAAAGAAGCUGUGAAGCUCUGUCCUCAAUUCUCAGCUCCCACUCAUCUAGUCUGAGAGAGCUGGAUCUGAGUAACAACAUCCUACAGGAUUUGGGAGUGAAGUAUCUGUCAUUUGGACUGCAGAGUCCAAACUGUACUCUGGAAAUGCUCAGUUUAAGGGGCUGCAACCUGUCAAAGAGAAGCUGUGAAACACUGUCUUCAGUUCUCAGCUCCAAGUCAUGUAGCCUUGAAGAGCUGGACCUGAGUAACAAUGAUCUGCAAGAUUCAGGCAUUAAGUUUCUGUCUGUUGGACUGAAGAGUCCACACUGUACUCUGGAAACUCUCAGUCUCUCAGGUUGUCUGAUCACAGAAGAAGGUUUCACUUCUCUCCUGUCAUCUGUAAACUCUAAUCCCUCCUGUCUGAGAGAGCUUGACCUGACGUACAAUCAUCCAAGCGAAACAUUGUUGAAGCAGCUUUUUUUUAGACCGGAGGACAUGCUCAGGGUGAAGCCUGCUGGAGUCCAAUGGUUAAGACCAGGUCUGAGGAAGUAUUCCUGUCAACUUACAUUUGAUGUAAACACAGCACACAGGAAGCUCAAACUGUCUGACAACAACAAGAAGGUGACAUGUGUGAAGGAGGAUCAGUCAUAUCCUGAUCAUCCAGACAGAUUUGACUUCUGGAAGCAGCUGCUGUGUAGAAAAGGUCUGACUGGUCGCUGUUACUGGGAGGUUGAAUGGAGAGGAAAGGUUGAUAUAUCAGUGAGUUCCAGACGAAUCAAAAGGAAAGGCGAGAGUGCAGACAGCAGGUUUGGAUGGAAUGAUCAGUCCUGGAGUCUGAUCUGCUCUGAUGGAUGUUACUCUGUCUCACACAAUAACAUAAAAACAUCCAUCUCCUCCUCCUCCUCCUCCUCCUCUGUCUCUAACAGAGUAGCAGUGUAUGUGGACUGUCCUGCUGGCACUGUGUCCUUCUACAGAGUCUCCUCUGACACUCUGAUCCACCUCCACACCUUCAACAACAUAUUCACUCAAACUCUUUAUCCUGGUUUUGGAGUCUGGGCUGAUUGGUGUGAUUCCUCUGUGUAUCUUUGCAAAGAAGUGUAAACUCCUUUUGGAGAAACAUUCACUGUUGAUGAAAUGGUUCUCUCUGUACAGGAUUGAACACAACAACAUUGAAUAUUAAGACCAUGAUCCAUAUCUCUUUUUAUCACAAUAUACAGGGAGUGCAGUUAAUGUUUGAUUAAAGUAUUUUAAUAUGAUUUUUUUCAAGUUCAUUUAACCCUUUAAAGCCGGUCGGAGCGGCACGCUCUGUUU